UGAGCAGGCGAGGGGAAGGUUCCCCCUUCUGCCUUCCCAAACCAUGCUGCGGUGUACGGAGUGUGCCUUGUGCCUGGGCUACUUAUGGGGGCAUCUUGCAAUUGCUCUCAUCGGCAUCUGGCAAUUGCUCCAGGGGGCAUCUGCUGUGUCUCUCCUGGAUCUGAGGAGUGCGUUGGGAGUGUGAGUGACUCUUCCUUUGGGGCUGGUUGGCAGCUGCAGCUGCUCUAGUCUUCUCUCUCCUUUUGGGCAUCAGGACGGAGUUCAGUUCCUUUGACAGUGCUGCAAUUGCCAGGAAAGAGUUAACUGAGGCUACCAAUCGGAGAGCUACAAAGCGGGACUGCAGCUUGGAGCCCUCUGAGUGGUCUCCUUGGGUCAUGUGCUUGCUCUGUCCACUCACAGACUGCUGUUGCCAUGGGCGGGGCUGGAGGACCAACAAUGCUAGCAAUGGCUGGAGAAAACCUUAAAAAGUUAAUCGUCUGUCACUCACACUCCCUGCUGGGUUUGCAGCAUGUACCCGUCUGUUUGCUAUGAGAAUGGCUGCCUUGUGCCUAAAAAGAUUAUUGGAUCAAGCCAUAAGGAAUGAUGUGAGCUACAUCACUCGACACUUUUCAAUUUUCCUGGCACAACCAGUGAAAAGAACAGCAGUCCUUCAAACCUGGGUAGAGAGAGCUCAUGCCAAAAAAGGACUUCUCUCUGUUCCUGCACAAGUGUGUUUUACAUCUGAAGGUGCUGAGGAGAAACUAAAAGGGAAGAAAAUUAAUCCAAAUGCCAGAAAAACUGUCGGAAGUGUUGGGAGGAAAAUCCCAUAUCGGAUUAUUCAACUGAUUGAUGAGAAUGGCGAGAACCAGGGAACAAUGCACAGAGCAGAUGUGAUUCGACUCAUGGACGAAAGGGAGGUGAAGCUUGUUCUGCUGAAUGAGACUGCAGACCCUCCAGUAUACAGGUUCAUGAGUGGGCAGCAGAUUCACGAAGAGCGUCUCAAACUUAGAGAGAAACAAAAAGCUAGCUCCAAAAAUGGACCUGUUCAACAGAAGGAGUUAACUUUUUCCGCAGCUAUUGGACAACAAGAUUUAGAGACAAAGAUCAAACACAUUCAGGAGUGGAUCGACAAGAAGCAUCAUGUCAGGAUUAUUCUGCAUCAAAAGAAUAUUGCUGAUGGGCCAGAGAAGAUGUUAGUGUUCUUUGAUCGGAUAUUGGAGACAAUGCCUGAGAAAGCUACUUACCUUUCCCAGCCCCGCGUUGUUAAAGGAGGAAGGAGUACAUGUGUCUUGAGACACAUGUCGGACAAAGAAAUGCACAAGUACAAGAAGGAGAAGAAAGAAAAAGUGCAGGACGACAGUGGAAAGGAGACAGAGUCAGAUGUUCUCAAGCAAUGAUUUAAUUACUUUCCCAAAGUGGAAAAAAAUAAAAGACCUCAAAGCAAA